AUGGCCUACAUUGCGCCAAUCCAUCGCCCGAGCAGCGUCCGUCACGCCAUCAAGCUCAACCUGCUCUCCAACGACGAAGAGAGCCUCGUAGUCGCAAAAUCGAACCGUCUUGAGGUCUACCUCCAAUCCGACGAUGGCCUCGUCUUGCACCAUUCGCAGGCCGUCUACGGCAGAGUCACCAUGCUGAACAGGCUGCGCCCCGCAAACGAGCCCACCGAGCACCUAUUCGUUGGCACCGAUCGUUACUAUUACUUCACCAUGGUCUGGAGCCCCGACGAGAGGCAACUGAAGACAGUCAAGACAUACCAGGAUCUGGCAGACAGGGCCGCGCGCGACUCGCAGACUGGAGACAGAAGUUUGCUUGAUCCUACUGGCAAGUUCAUGACGUUGGAGCUGUAUGAGGGAAUAAUCACCGUCGUGCCUUUGACGGAGAAGGGCAAGAGGAAGGGCGACCCCGAAAUCAGCGUCUUGGGCGAACCCGUGCCUUCCCGCGUAGAGGAGAUGUUCGUCCGUUCCUCCGUCUUCCUCCAUCGCAAGUCGCCCGAAACCGAGAAGCCGCUCCUGGCCUUGCUUUACGAAGAGGAUGAAGACAGCAAGAUUCGGCUGCGACUACGCCAGUUGGGCUUCCAAUCCGCUGGCGCCGACGAGCAAGCCAUAGCAGCGCUUGACCCAGUCGAGGGCUUGAAGGAAGACCUGGAUCUCGGGGCAAGUCAUCUAAUCCCCGUCCCGGGCCCGUGCUACGGUGUGCUCAUCCUUGGUGAAACUUCUAUCACCUACUUCAAUGAUUAUACCAAGUCCCUUGUCAAGAAGCCUUUGGAGGAGUCUACCAUCUUCGUUUCCUGGGAGCAAAUCGAUAAUCAGCGCUUCCUCCUCGCGGAUGACUUUGGUGGGCUAUACCUGUUCAUGCUUCUGCUUGACGAGGGUACCGGUGCUGUUCAAGGAUGGAGACUAGACAGGAUAGGGGAGACUUCCAGGGCCUCCGUUCUUGUUUACCUGGACGCAGGACACGUUUUUGUGGGCUCCCACGAGGGUGAUCCGCAGGUCAUUCGCAUCACCGAGGGCUCAACCGAGGUCGUUCAAACUUUCCACAAUAUUGCGCCUAUCCUGGAUUUCACCAUUAUGGACAUGGGCAACAGAUCUGGUGAGGGCCAGAGUAACGAAUACUCGUCUGGACAAGCUCGGAUCGUCACAGGCAGCGGCGCGUUCAAGGACGGGAGUCUCCGAAGUGUCCGCAGUGGUGUUGGGCUGGAAGACCAAGGAUCACUUGGCGAGAUCGGCAGCAUCUCAAACAUAUUUGCCUUAUCUUCUACAGCAUCUGAGGACUAUGACGACACACUGCUUAUUUCCCUCAUCAACGAAUCGCGCGUGUUCCGUUUUGAUGAAGCCGGAGGGGUAGAAGAGGUUGAAGAUUUCAAGGGGCUGCAGCUUGCAGAGAGCACUUUGCUGACCAGCAACUUACCGGGAGGCCGGCUCCUUCAAGUCACUGAAACCGCCGCAAGACUGACGGAUCUGGAAAAUGGCAUGGUCGUUUCGGAAUGGAACGCUCCAGCGGGUCAGAUCAUCACUGACGUUGACUCAAAUGAUCGCUUCGUCAUUCUUUCCAUUGGCGGCGUCCGUGUCGUCAUCCUUUCGAUCGCAGACACCAUCCAAGUGGCUGCGGAAAAGGAAUACGGUGCCGAGAAUCAGUUGUCUUGCGUUGCUAUUCCACAGUCGGCCGACAACAUCUGCUUUGUGGGAUUCUGGCAGAACUGUGCAGUGGGUAUUCUCAGUCUGGACAAACUUGAGACCAUCGAGACUAUUCAUCUGAGUGACGAUGGAUCUUCUGUUCCGCGAUCACUCCUACUUACACAGAUCUUCGCGGACCAACCUUCCACCCUCUUUAUUGCCACUACCGACGGAAACGUGGUGACCUUCGCCAUGGAUCCAUCGACUUUCGCUUUAUCGGGGCGGAAAAGCACUGUUCUUGGCACACAGCAAGCUAACUUCAAGGCACUCCCCCGCGGGAAUGGGCUGUACAACGUGUUUGCCACUUGCGAACAUCCCAGUCUAAUCUAUGGAUCCGAAGGACGCCUUGUAUUUUCAGCAGUUACGGCGGAGAAAGCAACCUGCGUGUGUCCAUUCAAUGCCGAAGCUUAUCCUCGAUCUAUCGCAAUCGCUGCCUCAGGCGAGCUGCAUCUUGCAGUCGUAGACGAGGAGAGGAGGACUCAUGUUCAGACUCUGCAUGUCAAUGAGACCGUACGAAGGAUUGCUUACUCACCACAUCUCAAAGCCUUUGGCCUCGGUACCAUCAAGCGAGUGCUGAGAGAUCGUGAGGAAGUGGUUCAAGGUCAUUUCAGACUCGCUGACGAGGUGGUUUUCAAGGAACUACACAGUUUUGAGAUGAACGAAUAUGAGAUUGUUGAGUGCGCCAUCCGGGCCGAGCUCGACGAUGGCGACGGAGGCGUGGCCGAACGCUUCAUUGUGGGAACUUCCUACUUGGUAGAGGACGAGGAGCAAGGUAGCACAAGAGGACGGAUCUUGGUGUUUGAGGUCACCGAAGACAGGCAACUGAAGGUGAUCGCUGAGAUGUCAACCAAGGGCGCCUGCAGAUGUCUUGCCAUGAUUGAUGGCAAGAUAGUCGCCGGCCUGAUCAAGACCGUCGUUGUAUACUCUUUCGAAUACCCCACCGCGAGUACGCCUCUGCUCAUCAAGAAGGCUAGCUUCCGCACUUCAACUGCACCCAUAGACAUCACCGUGACCGGUAGUCAGAUCGCGGUCGCAGACCUCAUCAAGUCGGUGUCAGUGCUCGAGUACCGUCCCGGCGGCGACGAAAAGAACGACGAGCUCAAGGAAGUCGCACGCCACGUCCAAGUCAGCUGGAGCACGGCUCUUGCCGAGGUCAACGAGAACACGUACCUCCAAGCCGACGCAGAAGGCAACUUGAUCCUCCUGGAGCGCGACGUGAGCGGCGUCACCGAGGAAGACAGGAAGCGGCUGAUGCUCCGUGGCGACAUGCUGCUCGGCGAGCAGGUGAACCGCAUCCGGCGCAUAGACAUGGCCACCGUCUCCGACGCUCCCGUCGUCCCGAGGGCAUUCUUCGCUACGGUCGAGGGCUCCAUCUACCUCUUCGCCCUCAUUGCGCCCUCCAAGGUCGACCUCCUCAUCCGCUUGCAAUCUCAGCUCGCCGAGUUCGUCAAGAGCCCGGGCAACUACCCGUUCCUGCGCUACCGCGCGUUCAAGAGCCAAGUCCGCAAUGAGGAGGAGCCCAACCGCUUCGUCGACGGCGACCUCAUCGAACGCUUCCUCGACCUUGAACCGCGCGUGCAGGAGGAUCUGGUGAAGGGCAUUUACGCGGAAAUCGACGUCGAGGAAGUCAGGGGGUUGGUUGAGACGCUGAGGAGGCUGCAUUAG